AUGAUCCCCGCUCAAAUACCACGGCGAGCAUUGCUCGCUCGCCCGAGCUUCACUCCUAUCAACAACUCCUCUUCCAUAUCCCGAGCUUUCACUCUCUCAACUCGACGCGGCGCCCGGCCCCAGCAGGCCAUUAAGCUCCAAAACCCCUCAGCACGCCGUCCCCCACCAAAUCAGCCACCACAACCAUCACCAUCACAAACCUCCAAGUCCUCCCCUAAAACCGACUCUCUCGCCAACCUCGUCAACGACAAGAAAUGGCCCCUCUUCGGAGCCGGGCUCGCAGCCUUGGGGAUAGGCCUCUACAUCUCCCUCGUCAUAACCACCACCCUCAAGGAGAAGAACUCUCCCCCGGCAACAAAAACACCACUUGAUCCCACCCGAACUCCAACAUCAACAACAACCACCACAACCCCAGAACCCAUUCCCCUAGACCUCGGCCCAGCCCCAUCCUCCCCGAACCUCCAACCGCCCCCCACAGGCCUCCCCUCAACCCUCGACACCACGACCCCCACAACCGCCGCCCAAACAGCCCUCGCCUUCGACCGCUCCCUCAACACCCCCGAAUGGCUCGGUGGCAUCACCACCCUGCGACGUCAACUCGCAGCCCGCGCCCGCGGCCACGUCCUCGAAGUAGCCGUCGGCACGGGCCGCAACCUGAGUUUUUACGACUGGAGCGAGGUCGUGUCUCAGUCCCAGGACGAGGACGAGGCGCGCACGGCGAGGGAGAGGGAGCGGGUUGUGAGGUUGUUGGAUCGGCAUCGGCUUGGGGGGCCUACGUUGCGGGAGCAGAAGGAGAGAGAAGCUGCUGGGGAGGGGGGGUUCGAGGUGGGGAGUGAGGAGGGGGAGGUGUUGAGUUAUACGGGGUUGGAUAUUAGUGGGGAUAUGUUGGGGGUGGCGCGGGAUCGGAUUCGGGAGACGGUGCCGGGGUUGGUGAGGUUGAUGAGGAAGAGAAGGUUGGAGGAGAUGCCGAGGUUGUUGAAGACGGAUGGGGUUGGGCCGGAGGGGUUGGCGGUGGUGGAUGCUUUGGAUGGGAGGGUGAGGUUGGUUUUGGGGGAUGCUGUUAGGGGGUUUCCUGCUCCUCCGCGUCCUGCUCCUCCUCGUUCAGCUUCACAAACACCACAGACACGGACACAGACACAAAAACAACCCACAAAAUACGACACAAUAAUCCAAACCUUCGGCCUCUGCAGCGUCCCUGACCCUACGACCCUCCUCGCUAACAUGGCCUCCCACCUACAGCCCAACACAGGCCGCAUCCUCCUGCUCGAGCACGGCCGCGGCACCUUCGACUGGAUGAACCGGCGCCUCGACACGUCCGCCCCGCAGCACUUCCAAAAGUACGGCUGCUGGUGGAACCGCGACAUCGAGAGGCUGGUGGCCGAGGCUGCUGAGAAGGUUCCCGGCUUGGAAGUUGUGCGGUUGGAGCGGCCGGGGUGGUUCCAGAUGGGGACGACGUUGAUGAUUGAGUUGAGGGUGAAUCGGGAGAAAUAG